AUGAAGGUAAAGGUGAGGUUGAGGGUGAAGGUGAGGGUGAGGGUGAAGGUGAGGGUGAGUGAAGGUGAAGGUGAAGUUGAAGAUGAAGGAGAGUGUGAAGGUGAAGGUGAAGGUGAGGGUGAGUGUGAGUGUGAGUGUGAAGGUGAAGGUGAAGGCGAAGGUGAAGGUGAAGGUGAAGGUGAAGGUGAAGGUGAGGGUGAAGGUGAAGGUGAAGGUGAAGGUGAAGGUGAAGGUGAAGGUGAAGGUGAGGGUGAGAUGAAGGUGAAGGUGAAGGUGAAGGUGAAGGUGAAGGUGAAGGUGAAGGUGAAGGUGAAGGUGAAGGUGAAGGUUAAGGUGAAGGAGAGGGUGAAGGUGAAGGUGAGUGUGAAGGCGAGGAUGAAGUUGAGGGUGAGGGUGAGGGUAAAGGUGAGGAUGAGGGUGAGUGUGAAGGUGAAAGUGAAGGUGAAGGUGAAGAUGAAGGUCAAGGUCAAGGUCAAGGUGAAGGGUGAGAGUGAAGGUGAGGGUGAGUGUGAAGGUGAAGUUGAAGGUGAAGGUGAAGGUGAAGGUGAAAGUGAAGGUAAAGGUGAAGGUGAAGGUGAAGGUGAAGGUAAAGGUAAAGGUGAAGGUGAAGGUGAAGGUGAAGGUGAAGGUGAAGGUGAAGGUGAAGGUGAAGGUGAAGGUGAAGGUGAAGGUGAAGGUGAAGGUGAAGGUGAAGGUGAAGGUGAAGGUGAAGGUGAAGGUGAAGGAGAAGGAGAAGGUGAAGGUGAAGGUGAAGGUGAAGGUGAAGGUGAAGGUGAAGGUGAAGGUGAAGGUGAAGGUGAAGGUGAAGGUGAAGGUGAAGGUGAAGGUGAAGGUGAAGGUGAAGGUGAAGGUGAAGGUGAAGGUGAAGGUGAAGGUGAAGGUGAAGGUGAAGGUGAAGGUGAAGGUGAAGGUGAAGGUGAAGGUGAAGGUGAAGGUGAAGGUGAAGGUGAAGGUGAAGGUGAAGGUGAAGGUGAAGGUGAAGGUGAAGGUGAAGGUGAAGGUGAAGGUGAAGGUGAAGGUGAAGGUGAAGGUGAAGGUGAAGGUGAAGGUGAAGGUGAAGGUGAAGGUGAAGGUGAAGGUGAAGGUGAUACAGACAGAGACAGAGACAGAGACAGAGACAGAGACAGAGACAGAGACAGAGACAGAGACAGAGACAGAGACAGAGACAGAGACAGAGACAGAGACAGAGACAGAGACAGAGACAGAGACAGAGACAGAGACAGAGACAGAGCCAGAGACAGAGACAGAGACAGAGACAGAGACAGAGACAGAGACAGAGACAGAGACAGAGACAGAGACAGAGACAGAGACAGAGACAGAGACAGAGACAGAGACAGAGACAGAGACAGAGACAGAGACAGAGACAGAGACAGAGACAGAGACAGAGACAGAGACAGAGACAGAGACAGAGACAGAGACAGAGACAGAGACAGAGACAGAGACAGAGACAGAGACAGAGACAGAGACAGAGACAGAGACAGAGACAGAGACAGAGACAGAGACAGAGACAGAGACAGAGUCAAAAUCAUUUCUUCCAACUAA